AUGCUUUUGUUGACAGAUUUUAUUUUUACGCGCCGAAACUAGUUAAAAGGCGAUUAAUUUUCCUUGAAAAUUUUGCGCUACUUUUGGGCGGAUUACAAGCGCCGCCAUUCAGCCAUAGUAACUAGCGUCAUUUGCCCCUAACAACAGCUGCAUUGCGAUUGUAAACAAGACGGAUGGAUUUGACGUCCUCUCUCAAAGAACAAAAGACAAAUAUUUUUCCUUUGUCAGUCCAUCUAAGGAACCUUUAAACUAUUCCGCUCGUUGUCUGAUAAUAUUUAAUCGAAUCAUGAAAUACAGAUGAUGUGCAGACAGUUUUGCGGUCUGGAUAAAGUGGCUGAUGUUAUUUCCAGACUGGGUAGGAAAAUGAUGACAACCUCAACGUUAGUGGAGACUGUAUCUAUCGACUAUGAAGAUUUUAAUGAAAGCUUCCUUACGUGUGGAACGUGUCUUUGUACAUACGAUGGCGACAAUCAUAACCCCAAACUCUUACCCUGUUCUCAUACAGUCUGUCGAAGUUGCUUGGAAAGGAUAGUAGCCGGUAGCGGAGUGAGAGAUAAUGGAUCAUUUCGAUGUCCAAUAUGUCGCGAGACAAUUCCUUUGCCUAGAGGUGGGGUAAAUGCACUGCCUCCAAGUUUUAUAGUUAAUCAACUGCUUGAUUUGAUGUCAAGACAAAGAAGAGAAGUAAUUCCAAAAUGUUCAAAUCAUCCUUCACAGGAAUUAUUAUUUUGUGAAACCUGCGAUUGUGUAUUCUGCUCAACAUGUACUACCAGUACUCAUGGGAAUAGCACAGGCAGUUGUGAACAUACCGUUAUUCCAUUCUCCAUUGCCAUUAAAAGAAUGUCGGAAAUUCUAUUAUAUAAAACUCAUCUGUGUAUAAAUAAAUUGAACAAAGCUUCGGAAAUUGUACAAAACGAAAUGAGAAAGUUAGACUGUAGCGCUAAUGCCACAAAGGAAUUGAUCGAUCAGUCCUUUCAAGAGAUAUUUAAUUUGAUAGAUCAGAGAAAACAAGAACUGAUUGAUAACGUCAAAAAGUUAUCUGAUGAAAAGAAGAAAGUUUUGCAAGAUCAACUGAAUAUUAUCGAAGGAGAAAAGGAAAAGGUAGAACAACAAUGCAAUGGAUUACAAUAUCAAGUGGAGGUACGUAAUAUAACCAAUAAAAUCAGCGAAUUAAAUGAUAAGAUAGAUUCAGUAGAAAAUCUAAUGGAACCACGAGAAAAUGCCUUUCUGGCUUACGAUUAUCAACAUAAUAACGCUUUAGGAGAUAUUCGGAAGUGUCUGGAAGAAUUCGGUUCUGUUCGCACCUCAACGACUUUUCCCGCGCUUUGUACUUGCAUUGUGGAGAACUGUUCUGCAUAUUUAGAAACAUCUGCGCUAAUUCAAACAGUAGAUUAUCACGGAAGAAUGCAAACCGACGGUGGCGAUCCAAUAAUUGCAGAACUACAGGAAGAGAGUGGCGAUAACUUCGAAACUAGAUUAGACGAUCGGGGAGAUGGCACUUAUCAAAUAUGGUAUACUCCGAGACACCCUGGAUCUUACAAGUUACAAGUUUCUAUUUUUGGAAGACCCAUUAAGGAGAAUCCAUUUAAUUUUACCGUUUCGGAACAUAUCGAUCCUCUGUGCCAAAUAGGGAGUCGUGGAAGUGGCGAUACUAAUUUUCUUCAACCUGUAGCUGUUAUCUGCGAUCGUGACGACCAAGUUUAUGUUCUAGAUACAGGAAACAGUCGAAUAAAAAUGUUGGAUUCUCAGCUUGAGUUUAUGAAGCAUAUUGAAGGUAUAGGACUAGAAAAUCGUGGGGCAAUCGGUCUCUGUAUGAAUGGAUCUCAUAAUCUCUAUGUUGUUAACUGGAGGACAAAAAUGGUGACCGAAAUAACGCCUACUGGGGAAAUAGUUAAGCAAGUAACGCAUGCAGAUUUAAUAGAACCUAUUGGAAUCGCUGUUACUAGUAAAGGAGAGAUUAUAAUUGCGGAUAAUGGGACGACUAGCAUUCUAAUGCUGGAUACUAACGGGAAACUACUACGAAAAGUAGGGAAAAAAGGCACAGCAGACGGCCAGUUUCAGCUUAUAGGCUGUGUGGGUGUGGGUCCAAAUGAUGAGAUUUUAGUAGCUGAUUCCAGAAUACAGAUUUUCAGUAGCGAUGGUCGUUAUCUCAGAACCAUUUUCUCUGAAGGUAAAGGAAAAGGAAGGUAUGGUGGUAUUUGCUAUGAUGGAAGAGGGAAUCUAUUAGCUACAAGAGCAGAGAAAACAAGAAGCUAUAUUCAAAUUUUUGAUUUCCCUUCGGGACAGUUGAAAUUCGUCAUUGAUAGCUUCAAUGCUAAAUUGAAACGACCCACUGGGCUAGCUGUUAAUUCGGAAUAUUGCUUAUAUGUAGUGGAUUUGGGUAAUGACUGCAUUAAAAAAUACCGCUAUCGAUGAAAAUGUACUUAAUGAUAUUUGUUAGAAAAUUUAUAGAUUGAUAAAUUACCUGUUUUUGAUUGAUGUAAAACCAAAGAGUUCGCUUACUUUUUAAUUUUUUGGUUGAAACAAUUUAUAGCCAUAGUUAAUGUAUGUGUGUUUUUGAUUAUUACUUAAACGGCCAAUUUGCCUCUAGUCACUGGCAAGGUCGGUGCUACCAUAAUUGUUAUAAACAUAUUAAGUAUUUGAAAUUUCCCCGGCUUUAUUAUUAUUAUUUAUGUAAAGGCCAAACAACUGUGAUGUCCGACACGUAGUCAGACAGAUGCAUUUUUUUUUUUUUUUUUGAGCUGUAAUCAAAAUGAAUAUUGUAAACACCAUCUGUUUCUCAGGAUAGAAAGCCAUAUAAGUGCAUCGUUGAGUAAUUAGUCAAUUUAGUAUUAUAGAACUCAUUACAGCUCUCUUUUGAAUGUAGUUCAGUAAAGCCAAUGUUAUUUAUUCUAAGUGAAAUUAGGUCUGAACUGGGGAAUACUUAUAAUUUUUACUUUGUUUAUAUUGUGUUUUAAGAUUUUUGGUCCCUGCUGGCAGGAUAUAUACAAUAUUUUCCACAUUGUUAUUGCACAGUGGUUAUAAUAAAACCACUUUCAUCAA